AUGGUAAACCAAAGGAGGCAUUCCCUUAUUCGCCGCCUGGGGUGCCACAAUAAGGACCACAUUGCUCACAGAGCUUUUGAUACUUGGACAGGCAAGUCAAGGCUUCAGAGAUCAUCAACGCUACAAUUUGACAGAUACAUCAGAAAGGCCAUCCAUCUUGAUCACUCCUCUCUGGACAUUACUCAAGAACCACUUUUUCCUUCCAAGCCCCCUUUGAAUACUAAAAUCAAUACUAACCUACUGCAACUAUGUUCUAAGAAAGAACCAACCCAAGUUUUAUUACAAAAAGGUGAAGACACUGUUCGUUCACUUUCCAGUGAAAACAGCGCUAUAGUCUACACAGAUGGUUCCUCUGAUAUUGACUGUAUCAGAGGUGGUGCUGGUAUCAACAUCAUUUACCCCUCAGGAUAUAACGUCAAACUCAAAAUACCCAGUGGACAAAUUACUUCAAACUUCACAAGCGAAUUCAUCGCUAUUAAAGAGGCUCUAACCCAUUUUCGCUAUCAUUCUCUAAACGACUCAAUAAAAGAAAUUGUGAUUUUCUCAGACUCAAAAUCAGCACUCGAAGCCAUACAUAACGGUGGUGGUGGAGGUUCAUCAGGAGGUUCAGGAUCAGGAACUGGUGGAAAUGCAGGCUCCGGUGGAAAUUCAGGAUAUUACACUGAUGGUUAUGGAGGAGGAUAUCCCGGAGGUGGCUUGCCUGGAGGUGGUUCAUCUGGAGGAGGAUCAUCUGGAGGUGGCAUAAAUGGAGGAGGUCUGCAAGGAGGCGGAUCGAAUGGAGGAGGAAUGUCUGGAGGUGGAAUGAAUGGAGGAAGCAUGGGAGGAGGAGGCUUGUCCGGAGGUGGCUUGAAUGGAGGUGGCUCGAUUGGAGGUGGUUCCAAUGGAGGAGGCAUGUCUGGAGGUGGCCUAAAUGGAGGUGGCCUAUCAGGAGGUGGCUCAAACGGAGGUGGCUCGUCCGGAGGAGGCAUGUCUGGAGGUGGCAUGAAUGGAGGUGGCCUGUCUGGAGGCGGCUUGUCUGGAGGCGGCAUGAAUGGAGGAGGCUCAUCUGGAGGUGGUCUGAAUGGAGGUGGCUCAUCUGGAGGUGGCAUGAAUGGAGGUGGUAUGUCGGGAGGUGGCCAGUCUGGAGGUGACAUGUCAGGAGGCGGCUUGUCUGGGGGUGGCAAGUCUGGAGGCGGCAUGUCUGGAGGUGGCUUAUCUGGAGGUGGUAUGUCUGGAGGUGGCAAAUCUGGAGGUGGAAUGUCUGGAGGUGAUCUGUCUGGAGGUGGAAAAUCUGGAGGUGGCAUGUCAGGAGGUGGCCUGUCUGGAGAUGACUUAUCUGGAGGAGGCAAAUCUGGAGGCAAAAUGACUGGAGGCGGUAUGUCAGGAGGCGGAUCGUCUGGAGGAGACAAGUCGGGAGGUGAUUUAUCCGGAGGUGGUAUGUCUGGAGGAGGCAAGUCAGGAGGUGGUAUGUCUGGAGGUGGCAUGUCUGGAGGAGGCAAAAUAGAAGGUGGUAUGUCAGGAGGAGACUCAUUUGAGAAAGACUCCUUUGAAAGUGGCUCCUUUGAAGACGAUUCAUCUGGAGGAAAAGCACCAGGAAAACCACCUAGAAGCUUCAAAUCCCCUUUAAGUGGAGGCAAAAAUUCUAAAAGAGAUACUAAGUUUGGAAGUGGUGCCAAGAAAUAAGUUAUGAUCCUCAACUGAUUUCUUACCUGGAAAUGAUACUAAUAAAUGUUAGGACUUGGACUUGAUUAAAAUAAAAAAGGUGUUGGGAUUGAAUAAUAUCAUUCACCAUAUCAUUCCUUCUGUUUGUCAUUUCGUAAUGAAUGGACUUCAUUGUACUGAAAAAAAAAAUUCUUAAUUUUUUUCAUCUUUGAUAGGGAUGACGAAAACAUAGCUUAAAUAAAUAUUUUAUUAUCUGCA